CGGAGCCCGGCGGGGCCCGGCUACGCGGCCGUUGGCGGAGGAGCCGCGGCGCCAUUAGCGCCGCCUCGGCCGCACCGGCUCCGCGCCCGCCCGCCCGCCGGGCUCCCGCGGCCGCGGCGCCCCGAAGGUAAUCAUUGCCAAAUGAGGAGGAAAGGACGAUGUCAUCGAGGCUCUGCAGCGAGGCACCCUUCCUCUCCGUGCAGUAUUAAACACUCCCCCACCCGAGAAACACUGACCUACGCUCAAGCUCAGAGGAUGGUUGAGAUAGAAAUUGAAGGGCGCUUGCAUCGGAUCAGUAUUUUUGAUCCCUUGGAGAUCAUACUAGAAGAUGACCUCACUGCUCAAGAAAUGAGUGAAUGCAACAGCAAUAAAGAAAAUAGUGAGAGGCCACCUGUUUGCUUAAGAACUAAGCGCCACAAAAACAACAGAGUCAAAAAGAAAAAUGAAGCCCUGCCCAGCACCCAUGGCACGCCAGCCUCAGCCAGCGCUCUUCCUGAGCCCAAGGUGCGGAUUGUGGAGUACAGUCCUCCUUCUGCACCCAGGAGGCCUCCUGUGUACUACAAGUUCAUCGAGAAGUCGGCAGAGGAGCUGGACAAUGAGGUGGAGUACGACAUGGACGAGGAGGACUACGCCUGGCUGGAGAUCAUCAACGAGAAGCGGAAGGGUGACUGUGUCUCUGCAGUGUCACAGAACAUGUUUGAGUUUCUGAUGGAUCGCUUUGAGAAGGAGUCGUACUGCGAGAACCAGAAGCAGGGUGAGCAGCAGUGCUUGAUCGAUGAGGAUGCGGUGUGCUGCAUCUGCAUGGACGGGGAGUGUCAGAACAGCAAUGUGAUCCUCUUCUGUGAUAUGUGCAACCUGGCUGUUCACCAGGAGUGCUACGGUGUGCCCUAUAUCCCCGAGGGCCAGUGGCUCUGCCGCCACUGCUUGCAGUCUCGGGCCCGUCCUGCUGACUGCGUGCUGUGCCCCAAUAAGGGUGGUGCCUUCAAAAAGACGGACGAUGACCGCUGGGGCCAUGUGGUGUGUGCCCUGUGGAUCCCAGAGGUCGGCUUUGCCAACACGGUGUUCAUCGAGCCCAUCGAUGGUGUGAGGAAUAUCCCCCCAGCCCGGUGGAAACUGACAUGCUACCUCUGUAAGCAGAAGGGCGUGGGUGCCUGCAUUCAGUGCCACAAAGCAAACUGCUAUACAGCAUUCCAUGUGACAUGCGCCCAGAAGGCUGGCCUGUACAUGAAGAUGGAGCCUGUGAAGGAGCUGACUGGUGGCAGCACCACCUUCUCUGUCAGAAAGACCGCUUACUGUGAUGUCCACACACCUCCAGGCUGUACCCGGAGGCCUCUGAACAUUUAUGGGGAUGUUGAAAUGAAAAAUGGAGUCUGUCGAAAAGAGAGCUCAGUCAAAACGGUCAGGUCCACAUCCAAGGUCAGGAAGAAAGCAAAAAAGGCCAAGAAAACACCAGCCGAGCCUUGCGCGGUCCUGCCGACCGUGUGUGCUCCAUAUAUUCCCCCUCAGAGAUUAAAUAGGAUUGCGAAUCAGGUGGCCAUUCAGCGGAAGAAGCAGUUUGUGGAGCGAGCUCACAGCUACUGGUUACUCAAAAGGCUGUCUAGGAAUGGCGCCCCCCUGCUGCGGCGGCUCCAGUCCAGCCUGCAGUCCCAGAGAAACACACAGCAGAGAGAAAAUGACGAAGAGAUGAAAGCUGCCAAAGAGAAACUGAAGUACUGGCAGCGGCUCCGGCAUGACCUGGAGCGCGCGCGCCUGCUGAUUGAGCUGCUGCGCAAGCGGGAGAAGCUCAAGCGAGAGCAGGUUAAGGUGGAGCAGAUGGCCAUGGAGCUGCGACUGACUCCACUGACAGUGCUGCUGCGUUCAGUCCUGGAGCAGCUGCAGGAGAAGGAUCCUGCAAAGAUCUUCGCCCAGCCUGUGAGUCUGAAGGAGGUGCCAGAUUAUCUGGAUCACAUUAAACAUCCCAUGGACUUUGCCACAAUGAGGAAACGGCUAGAGGCUCAAGGAGCCGCAGUGAGGCUGCGAGAUCAGGGAGGUGUUGUUCUGAGGCAGGCCCGGCGUGAGGUGGACAGCAUCGGCCUGGAAGAGGCCUCGGGAAUGCACCUGCCUGAACGGCCCGUGGCAGCCCCUCGGCGGCCUUUCUCCUGGGAAGACGUGGACAGGUUGCUGGACCCGGCCAACAGGGCCCAUAUGGGCCUGGAGGAGCAGCUGAGAGAGUUGUUGGACAAGCUGGACCUUACCUGCUCUAUGAAGUCCAGUGGCUCACGGAGUAAACGGGCAAAGCUGCUCAAAAAAGAGAUUGCAGUCCUUCGGAACAAGCUGAGCCAGCAGCACAGCCAAUCCCCAUCAGCGGGGCCAGGUACUGGAGGCUUCGAAGAAGACGCUACUCCGCUGGGGCCUGACCCGGGGGAAGAAGGAGAUAAAUCUCCCCCUAAACUUGAACCAUCAGAUGCAUUACCUCUUCCUUCAAACUCGGAGACUAAUUCAGAACCACCAACCCUCAAACCAGUAGAACUCAACCCCGAGCAGAGUAAACUAUUCAAAAGAGUCACAUUUGAUAAUGAAUCACAUAGCACUUGCACUCAGAGCGCACUGGUAAGCGGACACCCUCCAGAGCCCACCCUCGCCAGUAGUGGCGAUGUGCCUGCGGCGGCGGCCUCCGCAGUGGCGGAGCCAUCAAGCGAUGUAAACAGACGCACUUCUGUCCUCUUCUGCAAAUCGAAAAGUGUAAGCCCCCCAAAGUCUGCCAAGAACACUGAAACCCAGCCAACUUCUCCUCAGCUAGGGACCAAAACCUUUUUGUCUGUAGUCCUUCCGAGGUUGGAGACUCUACUGCAGCCAAGGAAAAGGUCGCGGAGCACAUGUGGAGACUCCGAGGUGGAGGAGGAGUCCCCGGGAAAGCGCCUGGACACAGGUCUCACCAAUGGCUUUGGGGGUACAAGGAAUGAGCAGGAGCCGGGCAGUGCCCCGGGAAGGAAAGCUGCACCCCGGCGACGCUGUGCAUCUGAAUCCAGCAUCUCCUCCAGCAACAGCCCACUCUGUGACUCAAGUUUUAGUGCACCCAAGUGUGGGCGAGGCAAGCCUGCUCUCGUGCGGAGGCACACGCUCGAGGACCGCAGCGAGCUGAUAUCCUGUAUUGAAAAUGGCAACUAUGCCAAGGCGGCCAGGAUUGCAGCUGAAGUGGGGCAGAGCAGCAUGUGGAUCUCCACGGACGCCGCCGCCUCUGCUCUGGAGCCCCUGAAAGUGGUGUGGGCCAAGUGCAGUGGUUACCCCUCCUACCCAGCACUGAUCAUUGAUCCCAAGAUGCCACGAGUGCCUGGCCAUCACAAUGGUGUCACCAUUCCGGCCCCUCCCCUGGAUGUGCUGAAGAUUGGGGAGCACAUGCAGACAAAGUCUGAGGAGAAGCUGUUCCUCGUCCUGUUCUUUGACAAUAAGAGAAGUUGGCAGUGGCUUCCCAAGUCCAAAAUGGUUCCCCUCGGUAUUGAUGAAACCAUUGACAAGCUAAAAAUGAUGGAAGGGAGAAACUCCAGCAUCCGGAAGGCUGUGCGGAUCGCCUUUGACCGUGCCAUGAACCACCUGAGCCGUGUCCAUGGGGAGCCUGCCAGUGACCUCAGUGACAUUGACUGAGGUGGCUCCCGGCAGAAGAAGGCCUUGCAGGCCAUCGCCAGCCCUGAGCCUUGUCCAUAGUGUUGAUAAGCUGUACAUGUUUGUAUAUUGUUCAAAACUUAACUUAUUCUGAUUUUGUAGGUGUAGUUCUAUAAUUCUUUUUCCCCGGGGAGGGGGGAGGUUUCAUUUCCAAGUUUUCUAUGAAACCAUCUGUCUUGGCGCUUUCUGAGUGGGGUGGGUGCGUCCCGAGCAGCGCUGCGUGGGCAUCUGUCUCACCGUGGGUGUCUGUCUCACUAGUGGAGCCGCAGCCUCACUACUUUGAUCUGUAGCUUUUUUAAAAAGACUUUUGAAUGUUUAAUAAUUUUGUAAAUCAUGCUCUUUACACAGAGUACCACUUAUUUAAUAAGACGGGAUGUAAAUUUACAAUGACAAAUGUGUAUUUUAAGAAAGAAAAUGACAUUAUUUUGAAUGGUACUUUGUGCAAAGAGGAGGAGAAUAAAUGAAUGCUGUGUGCAUCACUUGCAAAUCACCAAAAACACUCCGCCAGCUGACGCCAGGCGGGCCGUUCUCAUUGUCCUGUCUGCCCGACUCCUGCAGGCGUGCCUCCCAGCAGAUUAUUUAUUGUAGAAAGUGUACUCAUUUGCUUUAUAAUGAAAAAUAAAUUUGCAAAGGUAUAUUGAUACGCAUUUUUAUACAGGCACAUAAAAAUUCAACUUGGUUUGGGAGCAGAAUGUGUUGCGUGGUUAUAUAAAUUGACUCUGGCCUGUGUGUGUUUUGAUUUUGUAACUUGUAAUCUUUUGUUUACAAUGAGGGGCUUUCUGUAAGUUGUUUUAAUUUAGAACACUUUGGUAGCAAUAGAACUUUGGAUACAUUUUUGUAUGGUACAUGUGAUGUAUAUAGAAUUAGUACUUUAUUUUUAUGUUGAAGAGGUAAAGCAUUAUGUUAGGGGAGAAAAGCAGGGUGGGUUUCCAAAUUUGCAUUUUUUAUAUUAAAAAUAAAGUGAAGAUUUGGACGUUGUGGCCCUUUCAUUCCUUCAUCAGUAGGAGGCUGGGCAGGCGAGCAGCCUGAAGACUGGGAGGGUGCUGGGGCCGCGUGGGGCAGGUGCACAGGCAGGCGGCACACCUUGGUCUUAACACCUGCCCUGCAAUGGCAUUAUUUAUUAUUUUGCCUAAUUGUAUUUUUAUUUCAAAGUAUAGUUACUUAAAAAUUAAAGUGUUCUUUUAAGUCUACAUUGUUUGUAAUAUCUCCACAGAAACUUGAAAAUAAAGUCUUCCUUUGUAGUUUUUGUCCAGUGUUUGGCAGGUGCCUCUUACCUCAGCGGUGCCCCUUCCACCUCCACCAAGGAAGGCCAGUGCGUCUGGGGCAGGCCUGAGGCAGUGCCAGGGCCACUUCUGGGGCUGCUGUGGUCCUGCUCAAGGUGUCGUACUAGUUGCUCACCCUCUGCUUCCCAACCCCAAACCACCUGGGAUU